AUGAACAGCAUCAAGAGCGUGCCGGCGCGGGUGCUGAGCCGCCGCGGCGGGCACAGCCUGGAGGCGGAGCGGGAGCAGUUCGACAAGAGCCAGGCCAUCAGCAUCAGCAAAGCCAUUAACACACAGGAAGCACCAGUGAAGGAGAAACAUGCCCGUCGGAUCAUCCUGGGGACACACCACGAGAAGGGAGCGUUCACCUUCUGGUCCUAUGCCAUCGGGCUGCCCCUGCCCAGCAGUGCCAUCCUCAGCUGGAAGUUCUGCCACGUCCUGCACAAGGUCCUGCGUGACGGCCACCCCAACGUUCUCCAGGACUGCCAGAGGUACCGCAGCAACAUCCGAGAGACGGGGGACCUGUGGGGCCAUUUGCAUGACAGGUACGGGCAGCUGGUGAGCAUCUACACACGGCUCCUCCUCACCAAAAUCUCCUUCCAUGUCAAGCAUCCUGAGUUUCCCCCGGGCCUCGAAGUGUCGGAUGAAGUGCUGGAAAAGACUGCAGGGACAGAUGUGAACAACAUCUUCCAGCUGACGGUCGAGCUGUUUGACUACCUGGACUGUGAGCUGAAGCUGUCGGAGUCAGUUUUCAGGCAGCUCAACACCUCGAUGGCCGUGUCGCAGAUGUCGGCGGUACAGUGCCGCCUGGCCCCCCUCAUCCAGGUCAUCCAGGACUGCAGCCACCUCUACCACUACUCCGUCAAGUUAAUGUUCAAGCUGCACUCCUGUCUGCCAGCUGACAUCCUGCAGGGCCACCGGGACCGCUUCCACGAGCAGUUCCGCAGCCUUAAAAACUUCUUUAAGAAGGCAUCUGACAUGCUGUAUUUCAAGCGGCUCAUCCAAAUCCCUCGGCUGCCGGAGAGCCCGCCAAACUUCCUGCGGGCAUCGGCACUGGCUGAGCACGUGAAGCCGGUGGUCGUCAUCCCUGAGGAAGCCCCCGAGGAUGAGGAGCCAGAGAACCUCAUUGAGAUUAGCACAACCUCCACCACAGAGCCACAGAUCACCUCGGAUCUGUUUGAGCAAACGUUCGGGCCACCCAAUGGUGUUUGGGAUGACAGGGAUGCACAGAUCGAGAGCCUGAAGAAGGAGGUGGAAACGCUCCGUGCAGAGAUGGAGAAGAUUAAACUGGAGGCACAGCGCUACAUCACCCAGCUCAAGGCACAGGUGAACAGCCUGGAGGGAGAAGUGGAGGAGCAGCGCAAGCAGAAGCAGAAGGCGCUGGUGGACAACGAGCAGCUGCGGGAUGAGCUGGAGAGGCUGCAGAGGGUGAAGCAGGACAGUGACAGGUCACAGCGACUCUGUGCUGAGGCCGAGAAGAAAGCCAAUGCCACUGAGAUCCGCUACACGAAGCUGAAGGAGAAGCACAGCGAGCUCAUCAACACCCACGCCGAGCUCCUGAGGAAGAACGCUGACACUGCCAAGCAGCUGACAGUCACACAGCAGAGCCAGGAGGAGGUGGCACGUGUCAAGGAGCAGCUGGCAUUUCAGGUGGAGCAGGUCAAGCGAGAGGCUGAGAUGAAGCUGGAGGACCAGAGCGUGCAGAUGGAGCAGCUGAGGCAGGAGCUGGACGCCCGUCGGGACGAGCUGGAGCAGGCGCAGCGCUCGCUCAGCCACGCCAAGCAGGCAGGUGUGGAGCUCAGUGCCCAGGUGGAUGCUCUGCAUGCUGAGAAGGAGGUGCUGAGGAGGUCAGUGAGCGAGAAGGAGUGUGAGCUGCUGUCCACACGGGGCCUAAUAGAGGAGAAGGAGCUACAGCUGAGCCAGGAGGCAGACAAGGCCACGAGGGAGAUCAGAGAGCUCCAGGGCAGGCUUCUGGAGAAGAGCAACCAGGAGCAGAGCCUGCAGCAGAAGCUGCUGGAUGAUCAGUUUGGAGUCCUGCAGGAGACAGUGAGAGAAGCUCAGGACAUCCUCUGUGAUGCCAUGGCCAAGCUGGAUGACCCCCUGCACCUCCGCUGUACCAGCUCCCCUGAUUACCUGUUGAGCCGGGCGCAGGCAGCGCUGGAGUCCACGGAUACCCUGGAGAAGGGGCACGCGCAGUACGUGGCCUCCAUGGCAGAUGCUGCAGGGCUGGUGGGGGCUCUGGCCCUCUUUGCACACCUGACUGCUGACACCAUCGUCAAUGGCGGUGCCACAUCACACCUGGCCCCCACGGACCACGCUGACCGGCUGACAGAGACGUGCCGGGAGUGUGGCCAGCGGAGCCUGGAGUACCUGGACAAGCUGAAGGACAGGCAGAGGCUGGGCAGUGCUGAGCUGGGGGACGUGCGAGGGGCACUGACAGGGGUCCUGCAGCUGGCCCAGGAGCUGAGACCCAAGAGCCUGGACAUCAAGCAGGAGGAGCUGGGGGACAUGGUUGAGAAGGAGAUGGCCUCCACCUCGGAGGCAAUUGAGGAUGCUGUCAGGAGGAUAGAGGAGAUGAUGAGCCAGGCCAGGAACGAGAGCUCUGGGGUUAAGCUGGAAGUGAAUGAGCGGAUUCUGAACUCCUGCACCGAUCUAAUGAAGGCUAUCAGACUUCUUGUAACAACAUCUACAAACCUACAGAAGGAGAUAGUGGAAAGUGGCCGGGGGGCAGCAACAACUCAGGAGUUUUAUGCCAAGAACUCGCGCUGGACGGAAGGGCUGAUCUCUGCCUCCAAGGCCGUGGGCUGGGGAGCCACACAGCUCGUGGAGUCUGCAGACAGGGUUGUCCUGCACACAGGGAAAUAUGAGGAACUGAUUGUCUGCUCCCACGAAAUCGCUGCCAGCACAGCCCAGCUGGUGGCUGCCUCCAAGGUGAAGGCUGAGAAGAGCAGCAGGAACCUGGCCAGGCUCCAGGAGUGCUCACGCAACGUUAACGAGAUGGCAGCAAACGUGGUGGCUUCCACCAAGUCAGGGCAAGAGCAGAUAGAGGAGAAAGACACCAUGGACUUCUCGGGCAUGUCCCUCAUCAAGCUGAAGAAGGAAGAGAUGGAAACACAGGUGAAGGUGCUGGAGCUGGAGAAGCGGCUGGAGGGCGAGCGGGUGCGGCUGGGCGAGCUGAGGAAGCAGCACUACGUCCUGGCCGGGGGCUGCGAGGACACCACAGAGGAGGGGGAGGCCAGACCGGCCCCGGCCCCGCGACGAGGGAUCCUCAAGAAACCCCCAAUUGCUCAGAAACCCGGCCUGGGGGAGGUGGGGCCCGGCUGGGGGUGCAGACCGGGCCGGGGGGGUGUUCUGGACACGAGUUCUGACCUUCGGCUUUGUCCCCUUCUCUUGCAGCCCUAGAGAGCCCCGGCCCCGGGAAGGGCUGCGGGCUCCCCACACCUCUCGUUGCCUUCGUGCUGCUGUGCCUUCCCACACGGGGUCUCCUCAGCGCCCGGCCUGCAAACAAUCCCAAACUGGAUGUUUUUUAAGGAAUAUAUUUUUGUUUUCCUUUUUUCUAAACUGUAGAGUGGUGGGGCUUCUGUGCUCCCCAGGCACCGCUGAGUGCUCUCCUUUUCCUCCUUCUUCUUUUCCUUCUCUUCCUCCUCCUCUUCCUCGCCUGCCAGCCGGCUCUCUCGGUUUAAUUUAAUUUGGGUUCGUUUGGGUUAAUUUUUUUUGUUUUGUUGUUGUUUUAAGGACUUUAUCAGCACUAGAAGUUUUCAGUAAAUGUAGCUCUACUGUACUGCUCAGACCCUUUCCAAGAACUGUGAACUGGUUUUACAGUAGGAAACUGAUGGGCUUUUCUUGCAACCAUUUUUUUUAAAUUCCCCUUUUUCCAGCCUGAGGAAUAUUUGACUUCUUUUUGGCAUAGGAUCAGCCCUCAGCAGGAAGGGAAACGUUCACCUUCCCCAGCACAUGGAGCAGGGCUUUUGUAAGGGAAAAGCAGUUACUGACACACUGGCAAUAAGGAUACAAACAUUUUUUGUUUUUCCUUUUCUAUUUUUUAUUACUACAGCAAUGUCAAGGGAUCAGUUGCAUUAUGUUUUAUAUUUAAGAUAAUUAGCAGAAACCGUGGCCUAUGGGAGCCAGGGGCUAGAGAAGUGCAGCAAUAAGGAAUUACUGAUGUGGAGAGAUGCGGGGGCAGAAUCAAAAUCCUGUCAGCUGUGUCUUCCCUUGGAGCAACUACCAGGAUGUAGAUUAUUAAAGGAGCAAUAUUUAAAAUACUUUUGUGUUGCUUUGUUGUUGGGAAGGGGAUUGAUGACAGGGACAGGGCCAGGACAGGGUUGAUUGCAGGAAACUGGGCCUGAGCUGUGGGGCAGAGAGGCAGUAAAUUACCUGAAUGUGCAUAAAUGUAUCUAUAGAGACACAUAAAUACAUAGAGAGGACCCUCUCUAUAUAUAUGUGUAGCCAUAUGUAUCUAUGGUUCUGUGUGUGCCUAUAUAUAUGCAUAUAUAUAUAUAGGUAUGCA